AAUAGGGGCAGUCUCUGGCUUAAAACGUGAACAGACAACAACAGAUUUAAUUACAAUAAUCAUAAACAAACAAUCACAAUAAAUAGUACACUCUCCAAAAAUAAAUAAUUAAUUGCGCGAAAACCCAGCAAAAAAGUGAAACAACAAAAUGAGUAUGAGCGACGACGACCGUGAUAUUGAUAUCGAGAGUGACGACGAUGGGGAUUCGGAUAAUGGUUUGGGAUCCUCGCGACACACGAGUACUGCAAAUUUCACCCAGGCCGAAAAGCGGGCGCAUCAUAACGCCUUGGAAAGAAGGCGGCGGGAUCACAUAAAGGAGAGCUUCACCAACCUGCGGGAGGCGGUGCCCACUCUCAAGGGCGAGAAGGCGAGUCGAGCCCAAAUUCUUAAGAAGACCACUGAGUGCAUACAGACGAUGAGGCGGAAGAUCAGUGAUAACCAGAAGGAUAUCGACGAGAUCAAGAAGCAAAAUAUCAUAUUAGAUCAGCAAAUUCGAGCGAUGGAAAGUCCAAAUGCUGAUCACUAUACCGAAUUUCUCAGUGAGGAGGAAUUAGGCAGCGAGGAGGCCGACGACGAUGACCUCGACCAGCCCGAUUUUAGCAGACGCACCAAAAAGAUGAAGACCUUCCACGCAUAGGCUAGUCCAAAUAGCGGCGCAUAGGAAUGUUCCGGUUUUCGCUUUCCCCAAUCUUGUGAAUAUUUUUGUCGAUUUAAGUUCUUAGAGUUGUGUUAUCCAAAAGCAAUAGUCCCUCAAAGUGGAAAAGGAAUUAGUUCCAAUUUCAAAUUAAUUUAAAUUCGAUCAAAUUACGUGAAAAUGAAUACUGAAAGUCCAAUAAUCAUAAUCAUAUUUAGCUGUAAGUCCAUACUGUAACCCACCCUCUCUACCUUAAUUUGUAUGUGUGUGUCUUUUUGUACUUUGAGCAAAUUAUCACUCUCUAAUUAAUAAAAAAUGUAAGUAAAAAGUGUA